AUGAUAGUAAUGCUAUUUAUCUAACCUAGGAUUUUAACAAAAAGAUAGUCUUUCAAGAUUUAAAAUUGACAUUUACAAAUAUUUUGAAAAUAGAUUUAUUUUCAAAACUACUUUAGUUUUAUAUUUCUAAAAGUUUUCAUUCUUUUUAAUUAUCGCUAAAGUUUAAAUGGAUAGAAUUUUUAUUAAAAAAAAGAAAUCACUUAAAAAUUAUAGUAAAAUUUUACGAAGAAGGAGCAUGA